GUGUAAUAAUGUUAAAGUAAUAUAUAUUUAAUAUAAAAUAUUAAUAAUGUAUUAAUUUAAAUUGUUUAUAUAAUAAUAUAGAUGUGAAUAAAAUGGCUAUAGUGUUACGUUUGGGAAUGCUGAGGAUUGGACAAAGUCCGAGGAAAGUUUGUGCAUUCCAAACGUUUUUCACAGGACCCACUUCGUAUAAACGUAGAAAAACAUCAGAAGAAAGAAAAUCUCCAAAAUUAAUAGAAUAUUCACCGAAAUCUAAAUUAAAGAAAGAUGGGCCAACAAUAGACAUAUGGAGAAAUAUGACAAUAAAUGAUUUAGCAAAAAGCAUGGGCAAAGAUUUAGAACAAGUUCAGGAAAUAGGUUUAUACGUCGAAGGCUUACAAGACAUACAUAAGAAUUUUAGGCUUGACAAUCCAAAAAUCACAAAAGAAAUUGUUUCUAAAGCUGGUUUCAAAUCUAGAAUUGUGCCGGUGCCCCAGACGAGCACACACACUGAAGAAAAAGUAAGCAGGACACCAACCAUCAUAGUACGUGAUGUCUUCCCAAGACCUCCUUUAGCACCAGACGAUCCUUUGUUAAAACCUCGUCCUCCUGUUGUGACUGUAAUGGGACACGUCGACCAUGGUAAAACAAGUCUUCUGGAUGCUUUGAGAGGCACCAGUGUUGCUGCAGGUGAAGCUGGUGGCAUCACUCAACACAUUGGAGCCUUUACAGUGGCUCUGGACCACAAAGACCCUUCAUCGAAGGAACUGGAGUGCGUCACCUUCCUGGACACGCCAGGACAUGCGGCUUUCGGGGCUAUGCGUGCAAGAGGCGCGAACGUGACGGAUUUAAUCGUCCUGGUGGUUGCAGCCGAUGAUAGUGUUAUGGCACAGACGAAGGAGGUCAUUGCUUUGGCUAAAGAAGCUGAUGUUCCUCUGAUAGUUGCCAUCAAUAAGAUUGAUAAGCCGAAUGCUGAUGUUGAGCGUGUCAAGAGAGACCUGCUAGCCCACGGUGUAAAUUUAGAAGGCAUGGGCGGCGAAGUACAAUGGGUUCCAAUUUCUGCAACCAAAGGAACCGGUCUUGAUGAACUUGUCGAAGCCCUCAGUGUUCAGGCACAAAUCAUGGGCCUGAAAUCCGAUUACACAGGACCUGUCGAAGGAUGGGUGAUCGAAACUCGAACCGACGAACACAAAGGGAAAUUGGCGACAGCUCUGGUGACCAGAGGAACUCUUAGGCGUGGUAAUAUUUUAGUUUCCGGGUUGACAAGUUGUCGUGUUCGGGCUUUGUAUGAUCACCAUGGUGAUCAGGUGACGCACAUUCCUGCAGGCCCCGGAAUUCCGGUGGAAGUCGCUGGUUGGCGAGAUUUGCCUAAGGCUGGUGAUCAGAUGAUCGAAGUCGAAUCGGAGAAAAUGGCUUCGUCUGUGCUUCAUUAUAGAGAGAAUAUUGUGCAGCAAACUGUGAUACAACAAAGUCAAAGUAUUAUUGAGGCGAAGGCCAAGGCUCACGAAGAGGUUUACAAAGCAGAAAGAGAAGCCCGACGCAAAAAAGGGUUCUUCAAAAAUCGCCGAACCGGCCCUAGGCCCAAAGAGUACGUCGACGACAAAAGUGGCCCCCCAAGUGUCUCUAUUAUCAUCAAAGGGGACGUCCAUGGAUCAGUAGAGGCUAUUUUAGAUGUCCUGGACACUUAUCACCAUGAAGACGAUUGUAUUUUGGAUUUGGUUCAUUAUGGAGUCGGAGAUGUUACUGAGAAUGAUGUCGUUGCUGCCAAGACUUUCAAUUCUGUUAUUUAUGCUUUUAAUGUUAAAGUUAAGGAGCACCUUAACAUACCGGGGAAUGUUAAAGUGAAGCAUUUCGAUAUAAUUUAUAGGUUAGUCGAUGAUCUCAAAGAAGAAAUAUCUAACAAACUGCCAUUAAAACCUGUCGAAGAGAUUAUUGGAGAGGCAACAGUUCUGCAGACAUUUGCAAUAAACGAAGGCAAGCACAAAGUUACAGUAAUGGGUUGCAGAUGCACGCAAGGUUCAUUAAAGAAAAGUUCACUGUAUCGUCUGGAACGAGACGGUGAAGUAAUCCAUCAGGGUAAAUUAGUGUCCAUGAGACACGUCAAGACAGAGGUGGACACCAUAAAAAAGGACAUUGAGUGCGGUUUGAGGUUCGAAGACCAGAGUAUUGAAAUUAAGCAAGGUGAUCGUGUAGUAUGCUAUAAGGUUAAUCAUGUACCACAAUUCACUGAAUGGAAUCCAGGGUUUUAGUAGAAUAACUAUUAGUAUUAUAAU